AUGACACAGCUGGUCGCGAGUCCAUUUUCGGUUUCCAGAAAGCUGACCUCGAUACUUUUCAUCUCUGGACUCCUUGCCUACACCAUUCUCUUUUUCCAGGCAUGGAGUUUGGACAUUGACUUUUCGCACCUCUUUGCGAGCCAGCACGGCGGAAACUCGAGCGAGCUGAGCUUUGCGACAGACAACUAUCUCGCCGAACUCAUUCGCAAGCACGACCUUUCACCACAGGUUGAGUGGGCAGCGUGGAGCAUCCAAUCGACGCAGAGCCAGGAGAAAUGGAAGUCCGUUACGCGCCUGUCUCGUAGUUUUCAGCCGCGAGAACCAAGACUAUUCGACUCGCGCAGCAGCAGCGACCGUAGCUCGCCGGCACCCGCGUUCGAGACGCUGGCGCUGCCAUCGCCACAGGGCUGGCGCCCUGGCCAGUUUGAUGCCUCGCGGUAUUUGUUUGGUGUUUCCACUACAUAUGAGCGACUGAUGGAGGAUGACCGCGCCAUGCUCAAAAACUGGCAGUGGUGGCUAACGGACGGCCGGGAGGAUGGAAAUGGCGCGCACUUGGUGAUCAUGCUGGACAGGGCCGACGACGAGCAGAUAGAAGAAGCUGAGAGUGCGCUGGAGGCGCUGGCCAUUCCGGCCAUGGUGUACAAUUCCGGCGACGCGCUGUCCACCGCAACGCGAUAUGCGCAGCUUGCCGGGGAGCUACAUACCUAUGGACUGGCCCUGUUGGCCGUGGGAAUUGCGAAAACGUGGUUUGUCUUGAUUGACGAUGCCAUAUUCUUUCCCAGUCUGUCGUAUCUAGACGAGAAGCUGGACGCAUACGACUCGCAAGACAGCGUAUACAUUGGCGUGCCGAGCGAGCAGGAGGACUGGGCGGCGCGGGAUGGCAAGCUGUCAACCAGCGGUGGCGGCGUGGUUAUCCUCUCCAACGACGCUCUCGGUCGCUAUCUGUCCCUCGAGUGCGCUGAUAUGAACGAGGCAAGCGACUCGUCUAUCCACGCGCUCCGUUGGACGGCCCUCCUGCAUGCGUGCAUGACCACGCGCGGCGAGCUACCCAUGCACGUCAUUCCCGGCCUCUAUUCGCCCACUGCUGACUCGUCAGAGUCCUCCUGGCUCGAUGACCUCGAAAUCGGUGCUCGCCCCAUCGCCUUGCGAAGCCACGGGCCAGGCCGCCUGGACCUCGCCCGCGCCUACCUCGUUGCCGACGAGUGCGGCGAGGCGUGCUUUGCACAGCGUUUCCUGUUCCGCGACAGCUGGGUGCUCGUCAACGGCGUGUCCAUCAGUCAGUACCAGCGCCCGAUCAGGAUCCAGGGCGGGCGGCAGCGCCAGGAUAGGGCGAGGCGGGAGCUGCUCAGCGCGCAGCUGCAGCUCAACGAUGCCGGCGGCGCCGGUAGAGUGCAUCUCACGGGCGGCGGCGCGCGGAACGUGUGGAAGCUGCUGGAUUCAUCGGCGGAUAAGGAUGGGACUGUGUGGCAGGCGUAUGUGAAGAAGAACACGCGCAAGAAGCGAGUCUCGGAGGCAGAGAAGCAAGAGCAGCUGGACUCGGUCAUUAUUCUGAUAUGGAACGAGGGCAAGCGACAGUGA